AUGGUACAAGAGUUAGGAUACUAUGGAUUUAAGAAGCUAUGGUAUUUGUCACCUGGUAUGUCCGUAAAUUAUGGAUUAAGACAAAUGAAAGAUGAUGAUGAUGCAAUGCAUGUGGCUGACUUGGGUAGUAGAUUUAAAGUAAUUGAUAUUUAUGUGGAGCAUCCUGAAGACAUUCCUUUAUUAGCUGACAUUGAGGGAAUAGGUGAUAACACUAGUCGUGAAAGAAGUGUUGACUAUGAACGUAUUGAUCUGCAUGACAUUCAUGUGAAUGCAGUAGAUGAUGCAGCAAUCAACAGUCAUUGUGUGGAAAGGGUACACACUAGAGAUGGAGAAAACCUGUAUGACAUAGAUGUUGAUGAAGAUGAAGAUGACCAUGAUUGGUUACAAGAAUGUGCAACCGUGGCAGAUCAUUUAGCUGCUUGUUCAUCAUAUGAAGGUGGUGUAAGAUAUUCUAACUUGGCAGACGAUAAGGCCAAAUUGGCAGAUGAUGAUGUUGCUUCUAUACAGAAUGAUGAUAUAGGUGCCACUGGCGUUGGCUUGGCAGAUACAGCUAAUGAAGCUGAAGAUGCAGUACAUGGACCUAAUUUGGUAGGGAAUGUAGGCCAAUAUGACGUGAUUUAUGAUUCUGAUCAACUUGUUAGCUUGCCAAGUAGCUCUGAUGAAGAUGAAGUGAAUAGCCACAUUCCUGUUUAUAGCAUACAGGGUGCCAAUUUGGAAAUGCAUAUUGGAAUGAAGUUUGCUAGUCACAUUGAAUUUAAGGAAUACUUGGUCAAUUAUGCUUUGUCUGGUGGCUGGAAUAUUAGAUUCACAAAAAAUGUAUCUUGGAGGGUUACAACAGUGUGUGAGGAAGGUUGCCCUUGGAGAGUACAUGCUUUUAAUAUGCAAGCACAAGAAACUUUUCAAAUUAAGAUAUUGCAAGAAGAGCACACAUGUACUAGGUCACUCACUAAUAGGUUUGUGAAAUUAAAAUGGUUAGUCAAGAGGUACUUUAAUGACUUCAGAGCAAAUCCAAAUAUGAAGUUGUCUACUUUUCAAGACAAGGUUAAACAAGAUCUUAUAGUCGACAUAAUAAGAUCACAAGCUUAUAGAGCUCGAGAGAAAGCCAAUUCAAUGGCAACAGGUGAUGUGGCUGAGCAAUAUAGUCGCCUUUGGGAUUAUUGUGCAGAGAUUGAUAGAUCAAAUCCUGAGAGCACAUGUAGAUUGAAGAUAAAUAAAGAGUCUGAAAAAUCUAUUUUCCAAAGGAUAUAUAUUUGCUUAGUUGCAUGUAAAGAGAGAUUCAAGACUAGUUGUAUCCCUUUUAUUGGGUUGGAUGGAUGUCAUCUAAAGGGUCAACAUGGAGGCCAACUGUUGACUGCUGUUGGUAGGGAUCCAAAUAGGCAAAUGUUGCCCAUUGCCUAUGCAGUGGUUGAGACUGAGAACAAAGACUCAUGGAGCUGGUUUUUACAAUAUUUAAUGGAAGAUAUUGAAUAUACAGAUGAUAAGAAUUUCACAUUCAUGAGUGACCAACAAAAGGGCUUAAUUCCUGCAAUUGAAGGGUUGAUGCCAAAUGUGGACCAUCGAUAUUAUAUGAGAUAUCUAUAUGCCAACUUCAGCAAGUUAUACCAAGGAUAG